CAGUAGACAACUGAACGCCGCUAAGUUACCACAUAGUUUGACUAGGGUCUCCGUUCUCGUCUUAGGGUUUUCUCAAAAUAAUUCCUUCAACAUGUUCAAAAUCGUUUGCACGAUUUCACCGAUUUUCCGUUGAAUCUGUUGAAAAUGAAGACGACCCCCGAAAUAUGCUAUAAAGCUGUUUUAAAGUCUAUUUCUCCCACAACGCUUUGAAUUGUUUCUAGUUUACUUUUUUUUUUCUCUUUUCCACUAAACCAAAUUUCAGUCAUGACUGACGAUAUUCUCAAAGAAUCGAGAAAAUCGUCACAAUUAAAGGAAGAAGAGGUAGGUUCAGAAUCCACUCCAAAAAAGCCUAGGACAUCGGAGGAUUUUUAUCUCUUCUGCAAAUUUAUUCUGGAAUACGAAAAUUACGACGAGACCAAAGAGGAGGAACUACACGAGACAUCCGAACAAAGUGAAAGGAAAGAUUCUGAAAGUAGUUCCAAGUCGAGCGCAGGCGAACAGCAAAAUUCUGUUGUCGAAUCAUCCGACGACGAUUCUUACGAUCUUGUGACAUGCUUUUGUCAAAAACCAUUUGCUGGGCGCCCGAUGAUAGAAUGCAGCAGCUGUUUGACAUGGAUCCAUCUGAGGUGCGCGAAAGUCAAAAAGUCCGAAAUUCCUGAUGUUUUCAUUUGUUCUGAUUGCAGGGAGCACAAAGAAAUCGUUUAAUUGUUUAUAAAAAUACAAUAAAUGUGUAAAAAAUAUUUUGUAAAUUUAAUAUUAUGAGUAGGUUAUUUUUCAAAUAGCCUGCAAUUGUUGGCUGUGUUGAAAUUGUAUAAUAAAAAAUGAGUUAUAGAUAUUGCUCAUUUGGGUAUUACAAGAAUUCAUAUGAAUUAACAUUUUCUAUAUUCAACAGAUACAAAUCAACUUAGGGGGCUUCCUUUGCAUCCGAACUUUAUAAGCUUAAAAUAUGGCCUUAAAUUGUUAAUACAACCGAGAUGGUAAUAGAUAAAAAGAGCCUAUUUGCUUUUAAUUCUAUUAUUACACAAUGUAUUUAAUAAUCACAAACAUGGUAUAACUACAAACAAAUGUACAAAUGUUGAAUUAAAGAGAUGCAAUAUAUUUUUACCAAAACAUUUUCACUUAUAUAUUUCUUGUUCCAAUUCUAAUUGGAAAAUUUAAAUCUAAGGAUGACACAAUAGCCAUUAGAUUGUAUAAAAUAAAAUUCAUAUCAAAUCAAAAGUCACUUUUAUUAUAAUGCAACAUUUAUUUGGUUAGGUUUUACAAAUUUUCUGCACAACAAUUCUUUAUUUUAUUUGUGAAAAUGUUUAUUCCUAUGCAUCUUGUUUAAAUUCAUUAAUGUUUUCUUGUGUGACUAGAUGUACAUUUUCGUUUUAUUGUUAUCAUAUAAUAUCAUGAGUGUUUUAAAUCAUGUUGUUUGGAAACUUCCAGAUAAUACAUCUGUGAAUCUGUUUAUUUUUUAUUUUAUUUUAUUUUUUAAUUUUAUAUAAUUAUGGUUGUUACAAAGAAUGAUUAUUCCAUAGAUGUCAUUUAUGUGAACCAUUUGUAGUUUUACAAUAGUUUUAUUUCUACGUGUAUAAUUUGAUGAUGAUGGUCAGAAUUUGCAUGAUUUAAUUAUAGGGUUUUUACCUGAUUUAAUUGUUUUAAAUAAAUUUGUGUUUUUUGAAAAUGAAAGCCAAAGAAACGUCACUUGUACAAUAGUAUCAAAAAAAAAAUUUUUUUUGUUUAUAAUUAAGAACAAUUUUAACAGACUCAAUAUUUUUAUUUUUAAUAAAAAAAAGUUAAACAUUUGUUAAUCUCUUCUGGAAUCACAGUAAUUUUUAUGUCAUUGUCAUUGUCACCCAAGCCAUCUUCUUGAAAAUUACUUAACUAAGUAUUACUACAUUUGGUUAACAUGGAUGAAAUGCGACUUUAUUUUCAAAAUUGUGUUUAUAUAAAAUGUUUUUGAAUGCGUAGAUAGGCAUCUUUGCAGAAUGUAAGUAAAUAAUAUUGAUUCAUAAGCACUAAGAGACAGAUCUAAUUAUGAAUCAUUUUUUCAAAUAGGUUCUAACUCUUCAUUUACAAACUUUAAAUGAAAAAGAAAAACAGUCAUUAUAAUUAACACCGAAAAAGCCUUUGGAGGUAAAAAGUCAUGUUAUUUUAGUUUCCUUCUUGAAUAGAGGCUAAUUAGCAGCCAUUGUUUUAAAAGAUAAAUCUAGCACAAGGAGGAAAAUGUACUAUGUACAGAAGUUUUUUUACAAUAUAGUUGUUACCUGUACUACUUGAGUGUUAGCCUUUUGCCAAGACUGNUAUAUAUUUAAAAUUAGUCCCCAUUAUAGAAAAUAACUGAAUGUUUAAGUAUUAUGGCCAUGAUUUGUUUAUCACAUUUUGCUGAGGGCCUCGAAUAGGAUUAUCAACCCGUUCAUGCUGAUAUGUAAAUCAAAAGUGUGAGUAUAAACCAUUGGAAAAUUUAUGUUUACUUUUUAUCAUAAAUAGUAAAUGUGAUGUAAUAUUUUACAAACCACACAAUUGCAUUUUUUUUUAUAGUUUUACUACAUUAAGACAAUAAAUACUUGAAUAAUAUUAAAAUUAAUUUUUUAGGAUAAAUAUAAUGAUCAAAAUACUUGAACCAUCCAAAUUUUCUUAUUACCAAGUAAGAGUGCCAUGUCAAACUCAGUGAUAAAUAACAUGAUUAUAGAUGUCUGAUUAAUUUUUAAACCUACUGCAACUUGUGAUAAGUACAAGAUCAUGGCUGUAGUCCAUUUUUGUACAUAUAAAGUUGUGUAGACGCUUGAGUAUGACCACAAUCAGGAUCAUUCAGAUACGCUGGGAAACAUCUGCUUAACUGCUCC